AUGAAAAAUAUCACCUCGAGCUCGUACUGUUACGUCAAAAACGUAAACACAAAUCAAAGGUUAAUCGGGGAACUCGGUGCGGCAACGAAACAAGUCAACUUAUGAGAGUAAUAAAAACCGUCUAUCUGUGGGACGUUUUGCCCGGAAUUUGGUCGAAAUGCACAAUAGUCCUUACCCCCCUAAUUUUUUUUUUUUCAUAUUUUAGCAAACGUGCGCUUUCAUGACUGUCGCACCAAAUUAUGUAGCAUCUAUUGCUUUGCUCGAAUCGAUCAACGUGUUGCAACUUCAGAUUUGCCUUGUUGUUGCACUGAGCCCUUCAGUUCAUAUUUCGGAGGGUGGUUUGAAUCUCUAA